GGCUGGGGGGUAGAAAAACGAGACCUCGGAUUGACUGCAUCAAAGGAACCUAAAGAGCACCUGUCAUGGCUCCCGUAAUAAAUUUGACGCCUCUUUUUAUAAACCACCAUUGUCGUGUACGCAUUGUGCGGUUAUAAAUGUCGAGGCGGCCCGACAAGACUAAGCUGCCUUGAGAGAGAUAUGUCAUCUCCGGGGAUGGGCACCCCAAGUGACCCCCUCCUGGCCAGUCCCGGCAUGGGGAGACUACCCUCAGUUCAGGAGGGACUCUGGAGGAACUCGCUACCCAAGACGGCCAGCUUCCCGACGUCCUCCACCCGACUCCUCAGUCACCGCGCCAACAACUUCCAGCGGCAGCCCAAGCGCCAGAAGCUGAUCCGACCUUCUCCGCCUCCGCCGCCAAACACGCCGUGUCCCUUGGACAGGCUGGACCUCAGCGAGCUACCCCCAAGACGCGCUUUCCAGGAGCUGCUCUUCAACGGCUGCAUCCUUUUCGGGAUUGAAUUCAGCUACGCCAUGGAGACGGCUUAUGUGACACCUGUACUUCUGCAGAUGGGCUUGCCCGAUCAGUUCUAUAGCUUGGUGUGGUUCAUUAGCCCCAUACUUGGAUUCUUGGUUCAGCCUCUCAUCGGAGCUUGGAGUGACCGUUGCACAUCCCGGUUUGGACGCAGGAGGCCGUUUAUUUUUGCUUUGGCAAUAGGAGCAUUGUUCGGCCUGACUCUGGUGCUGAAUGGACGCGACAUUGGAGUAGCGUUGGCGGACACGGCAUCCAAUCACAAAUGGGGUAUAAUCCUGACGGUGUGCGGUGUGGUCCUCAUGGACUUCAGCGCAGAUUCGGCAGAUAACCCGAGUCACGCCUACAUGAUGGACGUGUGCAGCCCGGAAGACCAAGAUCGGGGUUUGAACAUCCAUGCUCUACUGGCAGGACUCGGGGGUGGCUUCGGGUACAUCGUAGGCGGCAUCAACUGGGACCAAACAAACUUCGGAAAGUCAAUGGGUGGUCAGUUGCGGGUCAUCUAUAUGUUCACCAGCAUCACCCUGGUGAUCGCCACAGCCAUGACUCUUACAAGCAUCCCAGAGCGACCGCUGCCCAAGAGCCAACCCUCUGUCAAAAGCAAUCUAAAGAGCCCCAACGUUCUACUUCCUCCGUCGCCGCCCGCCCCACCGGGAUCUGCGCUGGCAGUGGACGACGACGAUGAGGAAGGUCACUACGGCUAUCACUUGUCAAAGUCAAGCCACCCCGAGUCUUUGGCGUAUUCCUGCAGCGCCAACGCCCGCCUCUGCGCCGGGCUCACUAGCCCCAUAUCGCCCAUGAGCCCCCUUACGCCAAAGUACGGCAGCUUUAUAAGUCGGGACAAUUCGCUGACCGGCGUCAAUGAAUUUGCCUCGUCACUGGGGACUUCCUACAUAGACAGUGUUCUCAUAGACUGCUAUACGGGGCAACAGACACCACAGGGCCUCCUGGCCCCCAACUCUGUACCCUUCCCUCCAGGAGACACUCCCGCCCCAGAAGGGUCCACCCAGCCAGAAAGGCAACCCGAUAGGGAGUGUCACCCAGACACAGAGACUGCCCCACAAUCCGAAGUAGCAUCUCAGGUCACAUCAGGGGGGGGGCCCGGUCUGGAACCACGUCGGGGCUCCGCCGCUGGAAUCCUAAAACGACCUCAGAGUCUGGCACUCAUGGAGGAGCCCAUGGCGACCCAGAUAGUCGGGAUGGAGAAUGGACGUAGGAGAACUGUGACGUUUAGCCAGCAGGUCGCAAACAUUUUGCUGAACGGCGUGCGCUAUGAGAGCCAUCUAAACGAGAAUGCGGUGAUGGGAGAAUCUCAAAUGUCAAUGAAACUCCUUUGUAUAGCCAUCUAUCGGAUGCCCCCCUCUCUGCGGAGUUUAUGUACUAACCAUUUUUUGGGCUGGCUGUCCUUUGAAGGCAUGCUGCUCUUCUACACAGACUUUAUGGGCGAGGUCGUAUUUGAAGGAGACCCCAAAGCGCCCCACGACUCCGAGGCCUACCAGCGCUAUAACGCUGGGGUCAGCAUGGGCUGCUGGGGCAUGUGCAUCUAUGCAUUCAGUGCUGCUUUCUACUCAGCCAUAUUAGAGAAACUAGAGGAGCGCUUCUCUCUGCGCACGCUCUACUUUUUCGCCUAUCUGGCGUUCGGCCUGGGCACGGGUCUGGCCACGCUGUCCACCAACCUCUACGUGGUGCUGUCCCUUUGCGUCACCUAUGGGGUGCUCUUCUCCUCGCUAUGCACGCUGCCUUACUCACUGCUGUGUGAAUAUUACCAAAGCCCUCAGUUCUGCGGCUCAUCCGAGGAGGGCACCCGACGCGGGAUGGGGGUGGACAUCUCACUGCUCAGCUGCCAGUACUUCCUGGCGCAGAUCCUGGUUUCGGUGGCGAUGGGACCUCUGACAUCGCUAGUGGGCGGCGCCCAGGGGGUGAUGUACUUCGCCAGCCUGAUGUCUUUUGUGGGCUGCGCAUAUUCAUCCCUCUGCGUUGUGUACCAGCUGCCCGCCGCGGAGGGUGAGCCCGCCGAAAGCGAGACACGGCCGCUGCUGGCCCAAAUUUAGCUUCGUCCGGAUAAGACGCAUCCUGCCGCGCACUGUACAGCACAAUCAGACAUUCUUUUAUAGCACAGCUAGACAAACAUUGUGUUCAUACAGUGGGUGUGCCCAUCCAUCAUGCAUUUGCAUUUUGUAUAUCUGCUUUGGACAGAAAUCAUUGCUCCACAGUAGGGGUGGGGAACCUACAUACAACUGAAUGUAGACCCAAGCAGCAUUGGGCAAGCUAGCAUACAAUCAACGCCUCAAGCUAGUAAUAUGACCCAUAAUCAAAAAUGGGAUGGACAAGCUCGCAUUUAAGAGCCAUAUUAAAACUAACUGAAACUAAUAGGCUAAUAGAAUACAAAUGUGACAAAUAUGUCUCAUUGUAGUUCUCUGUGGUUGGCUCGAGGAACUAUUUGGCCUGCUUGUGGCGACAGGCCAUAUUUGUCACACCCUGUCUGAGAAUGUUGUUUUUCUUUUCCAGAAACGUGACAAUGUAUGUGUUGAGUCCAGUUGGAUUUGAAUGACAUAGUAGCUUUAUCCAAAUCCUGCAUUUAUCCCUUUCAUGCAUUCAAUAGCCAUUGUCCUCAUUAGGGUCACCGGUGAGCUGGUUGUCCCUUACCUCUGACUUCACACAUUUGCUCACCUUUUUAUGGCUUGUCUUGCAUGAGGUGCCAUGUGAUUGAGUUAGCAUUCGCAUGGCAACACACAAACACUUGAGUGUACCUGGGAUCCUUCCACCCACCAGGAUUUUGUCACUUUUUAAAAGCACGGUGCUGCAUACACUGGUCGUAUGCUGUGACCCUCCCGGCCGACCAGUGCAAUAAUGACAAUCAUUCUUGUCAUUAUCAGGAAGAGGAGAAGUUGAAACAGGGGUGUGAACAUCAACAUUGAGAAGACCCCCCCUCACCUGAAGGUGGACAACACUGAGCGCCAAAGACUCUUGGGUGCAUUAUAGCCAGCAGCAAAUACCACAUCCAAUUCCAUUAGGAAGCUAUUUUUGCCUUCAAACACAGGCAAACAUUCUACCUAAACAAUUACUAGAAACGACUCUCGGUUCCUGCUGCCCCAGCAGAAUGUCACUAUUUGAAAUACAUGACACAAGCAGCUUUCUUUAAAAAACAACUGUUGCAAUAGUUCAUUUUGUUCAGUAUGUUUGAAAAGAAAUUUCAAAU